AUGAUCUACCAAGCUAAGGAAGGUGAGCCAGUAUCGCUAGAUCUGGGACCUAACAUUGUAACUUGGGGACGUACCAGAAAUAACGGAAGCGAGUUUAUUAGAUAUUGCGCGGAAGGAGAAAACGCUGCACGGUGUCACCAAUUCAUUAACGAGGAUAAUGUUCCCGCGAUGCCAAAAACGGAAGCUCAUGUCAACAAAAACGGAACUUUGGUCAUCGACUCGUUUAAAGCUUCAGAUGUAGGAGAAUAUUUUUCUCCUGACGAACUAGAACGGGUAGGUUUGGUCACUUAA